GUGUUUUCUGUGAGUUGGUGGUGACCUUUCGCUGUAAAGGAUUUUGUAAAUCAGACACUGUGGCUGGAUUAAUGAGAAUUUUAUCUUUAAAAUGGUGCCUAAAUACUUGUAUUUUUAAGAAUUUUGAUUUAUGAGAUUUCUGUUGAUUUGUAUUUGGCGCUCUGCAAUUUCAUUGGCUGUUGGCGAGGGGUUCCGCUAGCGGAACGGGGUCCUAGACAGGUUAAUGAACAUGACCCUGAUCUGUUGGAAUCAUAUUGAAAAGUUAAGUGAUCCAUCUAAUCUACAGGUGUUGUACUUCACAGCUACCUUCCCCUACCUGAUGCUGAUAAUUCUGCUGAUUCGAGGAGUCACUUUACCUGGAACGGACCAAGGGAUCAAGAUCUACCUAUACCCUGACCUGUCAAGACUAGCAGACCCUCAGGGUGGGGUGUAUGUGUUCCAGCUGAUGGACUACUAUGCUGCCAGUGGCAUGUGUCUUCUCUUCAUGGCCAUCUUUGAGACAGUCUCCAUCGCAUGGGUCUAUGGUGUCGACCGCUUCUAUGAUUGGCUACCAUCCAGGACCUUACAUUAAAUACUGCUGGCUGUAUGUUACCCCAGCCACAUGCAUGGCCACCUUUGCGUUCUCCCUCAUCAAGUACACCCCUCUGAAGUACAACAAUGAGUAUGUGUACCCCUGGUCCCCCCUUUGCUGCUAUAACAGCCUCCACUCUUCUGGGAAAGCUUUCCACUAGAUGUUAGAACAUUG